GUGCUGUGCAAGGUGGGACACAGGGACACAGGAUGUCACAGAAGCAGAGGCUGUUCCUUGUUCAUCUUCUAAUUCUUUUUUUUUUUCCCUCUUACUUUUUAGUGUGGAAACAGUAAAUGAUGGGCAGUUCCAUAGUGUGGAACUCGUGAUGCUGAAUCAAACUCUGAACCUGGUGGUGGACAAGGGGGCUCCCAAGAGUCUGGGAAAGCUCCAGAAACAGUCUUCUGUCAGCCUCAACACACCCCUCUACAUUGGAGGGAUCCCAACCUCUACUGGAUUGUCAUCCCUGCGCCAGGGUGCAGACAAGACACCAAAUGGUUUUCAUGGGUGCAUUCACGACGUCAGAAUCAACAACGAACUGCAGGAUUUCAAGGAUUUACCUCAGCAGUCCCUGGGAGUCCUUCCUGGCUGCAAAUCCUGCAACAUCUGCAAGCAUGGGAUUUGCCGAUCCCUGGAGAAAACAAGUGUGGUUUGUGAAUGUCACCCAGGCUGGAUGGGCCCUCUGUGUGACCAGGAAAUUGGAGAUCCAUGUCUCAACCACAAGUGUGUGCAUGGUAAGUGCACGGCGGCCGGCGCUGCUUACACCUGUAAGUGCAUGGAGGGCUACACGGGCACCUACUGUGACAAGAAGAGCAAUUCCUCAAGCCCCUGCAGGACUUUGAAAUGCAGCCACGGGCAGUGUAAGGUCUCGGAGCACGGGGAGCCCUACUGUGAAUGUGACCCCGGCUACAGUGGAGAGCUCUGUGACAGAGCAGAGAGCCUCUGCCAAGGAGACAUCAUUCGAGAAGUGGUCCGUAAGCAGCAGGGCCACACCUCGUGUGCCAGCGCCUCCAAAGUGCCGCGCCUGGAGUGCCGCGGCAGCUGCGGCGGCGGGCAGUGCUGCGUGCCCCUCCGCAGCAAGAGGAGGAAAUACUUCUUCCAGUGCCUGGAUGGCUCCUCCUUCACGGAAGAACUGGAGAGACACGUGGAGUGCGGCUGCUCAAAGUGCUUAUAAGCCAUUCCCCGGUCUCUGGCCACUUUAAUCGACUCAGAAGCGUUAUCAAAAUGGGACCUAUUUACUUGCAGAGUGAAGAAGAAGAAAAGAAUUAUUAAGUAUAUUGUAAAAUAAGCAAAAAAUAGAACUUAUUUUUAUUAUGGAAAGUGACUAUUUUCAUCUUUUAUUAUAUAAAGUAUCGCACCACUUUGGGUAUAUGUAUCAUAUAGUGAGCUAUUUUUACCAUGAAACUUUUUUAACAGUUGUAAGAAAAAAAAAUUUCAAAAGCUAAAAGGUUAAAAAAAAAUUAUAUAUAUAAAGAAAACAUAGCCUAACAGGAGGAAUGUGAGGUGACUUUAUGUGUAUGCACAACGAACAGAUGUUCAAGGAAAGGUGUUCCAAGGACCCGCCGCUGGACUGACACGGGCUGAAGAAAGCUCCGAGGCCCUGGCUGGGAGUUCCAGGUGAGCAGAUCCCCGUGACCGACUGCACCCAGGCACCUGAGAGCCUCCCCAGCCCCUUCUCUUCCCAACACUGCUGAUGCUGGUUUGCUCCUGUACAGUGGCCCCGCCUGCUGUUCGUGAACUGGUUCCCUGGAGCACACAGGCACUGCCGGAGCUUGAGGCUAAUUACUUUAUUUGACUAUUGUAAUACUAUAAUACAUUUUUUUUUGCUGUGUAUGUUGUAUUUAUCUGUGUUCACGUUAUAUUCUGCAGCAACUGUAUCUAUAGAGCACAGGCAGCUUUAUCCAAAAGAAGGGUGCAAAGGGAAAGGAAGUGGAGAAAUUUAUGUUGCUUUGGGUAAUUUGGGGGCAAAAAUGUGAAAUAAGUGCUAAGUGAUGCCUAAUAAAUGACAUAGUAGUUUUGUGUAAACUCCUCAGC